CCCUUCCUGUCUUCACGUCAAGGAAACAGGUCGAGUUUCAGAGAAACCCGCUGCCAAGGGCACGGCAGGUCUUCCGGCCGAGUCCCUGCACGGCCUGGCCUCGGCGCUCCUCGGGCACGUCCUGGUGAGGGGCCUGCUGCCCCGUCCUGCCCACCGCCAGCCCAGGGUCUCGGGGGCGCCUGGCAGAGGUGAACAAACUCACCCCCGAGUUGAAACCCUCUUCACCUCGACUGCGUGUGUGGGGCUGGUGAGCAGGCAGAGGGCCCUCGGGCUGGGGCUCAGGCUGCGGAGAAACCCACACUGGUUUCUUCAUCCAGAGCCGGCUGUCUCAGUGUGGGGAACCAGAGGCGCCCCAGGUGGCCUGUUUCCCGCGACAUCCAUCUGCACAUCUCCCAGGUCCCGCGAGACGCAAGGACGGCCCCGCGCAGGCGAGGCGGCGAUGCCGGACCCCGCGGCGCACCUGCCCUUCUUCUACGGCAGCAUCUCGCGUGCCGAGGCCGAGGAGCACCUGAAGCUGGCGGGCAUGGCCGACGGGCUCUUCCUGCUGCGCCAGUGCCUGCGCUCGCUGGGCGGCUACGUGCUCUCGCUGGUGCACGACGUGCGCUUCCACCACUUCCCCGUCGAGCGCCAGCUCAACGGCACCUACGCCAUCGCGGGCGGCAAGGCGCACUGCGGCCCCGCCGAGCUCUGCGAGUUCUACUCGCGCGACCCCGACGGGCUGCCCUGCGCCCUGCGCAAGCCCUGCAACCGGCCGGCGGGCUUCGAGCCCCAGUCCGGCGUCUUCGACUGCCUGCGCGACGCCAUGGUGCGCGACUACGUGCGCCAGACCUGGAAGCUGGAGGGCGAGGCGCUGGAGCAGGCCAUCAUCAGCCAGGCGCCCCAGGUGGAGAAGCUCAUCGCCACCACGGCCCACGAGCGCAUGCCCUGGUUCCACAGCAGCCUGACGCGCGAGGAGGCCGAGCGCAAACUCUACUCGGGCUCGCAGAGCGACGGCAAGUUCCUGCUGAGGCCCCGGAAGGAGCAGGGCACAUAUGCGCUGUCCCUGAUCUACGGCAAGACCGUGUACCACUACCUCAUCAGCCAGGACAAGGCAGGCAAAUACUGCAUCCCCGAGGGGACCAAGUUUGACACCCUCUGGCAGCUGGUGGAAUACCUGAAGCUGAAGGCCGACGGGCUCAUCCACUGCCUGAAGGAGGCCUGUCCCAACACCAGCGCCAACCCAGGGGCCGCCGCUCCCUCACUGCCAGCCCAUCCUUCCUCCUUCACCCACCCUCAGAGACAGACGGACACCCUCAACUCAGAUGGCUACACCCCUGAGCCAGCGCGCCUGGUGUCCUCCGAGAAGCCACGGCCUCUGCCCAUGGACACGAGCGUGUACGAGAGCCCCUACAGCGACCCUGAGGAGCUCAAGGACAAGAAGCUCUUCCUGAAGCGCGAGAACCUGCUCAUGGCUGAUAUAGAGCUCGGCUGCGGCAACUUCGGCUCUGUGCGCCAGGGUGUCUACCGCAUGCGCAAGAAGCAGAUCGACGUGGCCAUCAAGGUGCUGAAGCAGAGCCCCGGGAAGGCGGACCAGGACGAGAUGAUGCACGAGGCGCAGAUCAUGCACCAGCUGGACAACCCCUACAUCGUGCGGCUCAUCGGCGUGUGCCGGGCCGAGGCCCUGAUGCUCGUCAUGGAGAUGGCGGGCGCCGGGCCCCUGCACAAGUUCCUGCUCGGCAAGAGGGAGGAGAUCCCUGUCAGCAACGUGGUGGAGCUGCUGCACCAGGUCGCCAUGGGGAUGAAGUACCUGGAGGAGAAGAACUUCGUGCACCGCGACCUGGCAGCCCGCAACGUCCUGCUGGUCAACCGGCACUACGCCAAGAUCAGCGACUUCGGCCUCUCCAAGGCACUGGGUGCUGACGACAGCUACUACACCGCCCGCUCAGCUGGGAAGUGGCCGCUCAAGUGGUACGCGCCCGAGUGCAUCAACUUCCGCAAGUUCUCCAGCCGCAGUGAUGUCUGGAGCUACGGGGUCACCAUGUGGGAGGCCUUCUCCUACGGCCAGAAGCCCUACAAGAAGAUGAAGGGCCAGGAGGUGAUGGCCUUCGUCGAGCAGGGCAAGCGGAUGGAGUGCCCGCCCGAGUGUCCCCCCGAAAUGUACGCUCUCAUGAGAGACUGCUGGACUUAUAAGAGGGAAGAUGAGUGCAGCCAAGAAAACACGAGGAUGGAGAUGAAUAACCGUGAUCUUUCCUAGUGACCUCAGGGGCCUCAUUAUGAAGCAGAAGUAGCAGGUCGAGUUUCAUCGAUGCCACCAGUGAGCCCUUGUGGCUGCAGUGCCUGGGCUAAGUCUGGCGUACCCAAGGUUCUGGGGCUGUUUUACUCCCACUCUGUCGCUUGCUAUAAACUGGUGCAGGGGCAUUUUCAUAUAAGAAAGUUCAUGUGGAAAGCCUUUCCAGUAUGAACUCACCAAAAUUCAUGCCACUUCAUAAGUAAUUUCUGAUUUUGCCAUUAGAAGAGGUAUAUCUGUAGCAUUUAAAGCCAAUAUUCAAUUGUAAGCAUAGCUUUUAAAAAAAUUAUAAACAGCUUUUGAGAGAGA